AUGGGUUUCUCACGACAAGCAGCAUUGCAGAAACAUAUUAAUGCUCGACACAAAAAGGAUGAAGUAAAGGCUGCAUUUAGGGAAUUAGAAAAAGAGGAAUCAGAGAGGGAAUUGAUGAAAAGUAAAGAUGUGGUAUCAGAAGAGCCACCUAAUGAAUCUGAAGUCUCAAAGAGCUCCAAAAAGUCAUCCAAGACCAAUGCUUCUAAAGAGAAAUUAACAGCACCAGAAAAGUUUGAUGAGCAUGAAAAUGAUUCUGUAGAGGAAAUUGAUAAUGAGUCAGAAUUAGCUGAUAAUCCAGAGGCGUAUGAUUUAAAAGAAAAGGCUGAUCUGGACAAUACAGUUGAUACAGAUCAAUCCACUGACAUCACAGCUUUUCUUGGACGUAACUUCAAUCUUGGCAAAACGGUUAAGGAGACCUGCAAUAUAGAGUCUGUAAAGAAGAAAGUGCAUCGGUGUAAAGAAUGUGGUGAAGCUUUUAGUCGUGAGGCGGCACUCAAAAAGCACCUUUUAGAGCAUGAAACAGGUGAAGAAAAUGAUAUGUUCAAACAAGAAAUGGAUGCUGAUGAAACUGAUCUUCAGAUGGCCAACUAUGCUUGUGCAGAAUGUAAGAACACCUACUCAACAUCCCUGGGUCUGAUUCACCACAACAGAAUCAAGCAUGCAGGGGCCAAUGAACAGGAAUUGCUUGCUCAUAUACAGGGGACAGACAGACUGAGGAAAAUUGCAGAAGAUUCAGCAAUCGUCAAGACACCAGUGAAGUCUAAGAAAAGAAAGAGGUCACUCCAAGGAAGCUCUAAUUCCCAAGAACAGGCUUGUAAACGUGAAAAGCUUGAUGAGAAAGGAUUAAAAAUGUAUGAAUGCCUGUAUUGUCCAUCAUCAUUUAAGACAUUCCAGGCAGCUAUGAACCAUGAGAAAGACUCCCAUCCAUACAAAAGUGCGAACAAACCAGAAAUAGGUUGCCCAACAACACCUCAGUACAGCAAAACUGGUAGAUUGAUUACUAAGUCUCGUAAACUUAUUGAAAGGUUCAACUGCCCUCAUUGCCCUAAGUCUUUUGAUCUUGAAAAAAGUCUUAAUUCGCAUAUUACAGUCCAGCAUUUUGUGAAAGAAGAAAAGGACAAUGCUCUAAAAUCUCCAACUAAGCAAGUUCAAAGCAAGCAAGGGAACGUUAAGCUAGAUGGCUACAAGUGUCAAAAGUGUGACAAAGUGUUUGAACAAAUCAUAAAUCUGCGUCGCCAUCAGAUGAUGAAACAUAAAGAGAAAUGGGAUGACACUGAUGUCAAAUUGGAGGCAGCUGAAUCUGAAAUACCAACUGCAUCUGGUUCAAUGAUAUACGACUGUGAUGUUUGCAAAGAGAAAUUUUCUGUGUUAUCAGCUGUACAACAGCACAUGAAAGCAGUCCAUGAUGAGAAUGAUACCCCAAUUGUGAAAUCAGAAAUGAAGUCAAAUAAAAAAAGGAAGCUUAAAGCAACUCAUUUGAAGACUGAAGGCAACGGCGGUGGUUGUGGAGAAGAUUCUGGCCAAAUUCAUAGGUGUGCAGAGUGUUACAAGUCAUUUAAAUGGAAGAAGAAUCUGAGUUCUCAUAUGAGAUCAUUUCACAGUGAAGCAAACACGAAGACAAAGACCUGUGGUAUUUGUAACAAGGUUUUUCCUAAUGAACAUUCUAUAGAGGAACACAUGAAAACUCAUGAUACAACGUUUGACUGUGCUCAUUGCAGCAAGCAUUUUACAAGCGAAUUAUCUCUUAAAAGUCAUGAGACCCAGAUGCACAAGAAUGUACGGGAAAGUCUUCUUGUAUGCAAUAUAUGUACAGAGAAAUUCACCUCUAAAGCAAAGCUUCUACAGCAUAUGUUAACGCAUACAUCACUAAUGGGCAAAUCCACUCCUGAUAAACCAGAACCUGAAAAGGAACUGAGGUUUAGUUGUAAAAAGUGUGGCAAGAAAUUUCUCAACCCAUGGCAAAUAAGAUUACACAAUGCCAAAGUUCAUUCUAUGGCAGCUUUUAGUAAAGUCAGCAAGGUAAGAACAAUAGGCAAUGUUAAGACUAGAAGACAGUCUGCUGAUAGCAUAAGUUCUGUAGAAACUAGAAGUAAAAUUAAGAAAGCUGUUCUUGCUAGUAAAAUUAAGAAGGCAGUUGCAGCAAGUAAAACCACUUUACUGAAGAAAAGAAAAAGUACAUUGACUGACGUUAAGAUUAGAAAGACUGGUUUGCCCCCAAAGUUGUCGCCCAAACUCAGCACUGCCAAGACCUUGCCAAAAUCUUUGGGACCACCAAAGUUGAGAUUAGGACCAGCCUCAUACAAGGCUAAAUUUGGAGCAUCAAAGCAAAGUCCCAAACCAGCUGCAUCUGCUACUUUAAAGAUGAAAUUAGGGCCAGCCUCAUACAAGGCUAAAUUUGAAGCAUCAAAGCAAAGUCCCAAACCAACUGCAUCUGCUACAUUAACACCAAAGAUUGCCAAGUCAGCAGAAAGUAAAAAAGAUGAGCCGGCAGCCAGCAUCCCUCCUGUAACAUGCAAUAUUUGUCAGAAAGAAUUCAAAAAGAGGAGAUAUCUUAACAAACACAUGAAGAAUGUUCACAAAGUCAACAAAGAAUUAAACUCCAUGAAUGUUCACAAAGGUAACAAAGAAUUAAAAUCCAUGAAAAGAGUGAAGUGUCUGUAUUGCCGUGAAUGUCAUCAGAUGUUUUGGACCAUGGAGCAGUUUGAGGUUCAUGUGAAGACCCAGCACCCAGACAGAGCCGCUUUAGAACUGGACAAACAGGUCAUGCAACGACUUGUAAAGACUGAAAUGGCAAGUCCAAACCGAGCAGGCAGUUUGAGUGCUCUGGAAGACGAUGACAGUGGCGUGCCUGUCCAAUACAAGUGUGAAUUCUGUAACACAAUAAUGUGGACAAAGCAGUCUUUUGAAGAUCACAUCAUAAAAUACCAUCCUGAUCAUGUUGAUGAAUAUGGAAUUAAUGAAGAUGUGUUGACUGAAAGCAAACCUCAGAUUGAACUUGUGGAUGACAGACAUGACCCGACCAAUUUCCUUAACAUAGAGCUCUACAAUGAUAUAACGUGUGAUAAAUUGUCUACACAGCCUGUAGUGAAAAUUAAGAAAAUGACUGACACUCUUACUAAAAGCAGUGUUGAUGUUGAUCCAGAUGUGAAUGAUGAAAAUUUAGAAGAACCUUAUUAUUCUGAAAGUAAAUGUCCUCAGAUAAAUGAUGGUAAUGAACAACAUAUGGAAACGGAAGAAGUUCUUGAUGUAGAUAUAAAUAAAUCCAAUGAAGAUAAAAAUGAAAAUAUUAAUGAUAAAAUGCAAGGUGACGUUGAUGAAAUACAAAAACGUGCAAUGGAGUCUGAAAGUGUUGAUUACCUUGAUUAUGUUAGAGAUAAAGAUAAUGUUGACAAGUCUUUAGCAAGCAUUGGUGAUAAAGAUGAUGACACUGAAGGGCAAACAAUUGAGGAAGUAGAUCAUGAAAAGAAAUUUAAGGAGAUACAAGCUACUGGAAGUGCUUCUUUGGGCAGAAGUGAAUCUGAGCAAAUCACAGAUGUAUCUUAUAUGGUAACAGAACAACACAAACCUGUUGCAGAUGUUACAACUAACUUGCACAGUACUUUGCUAGAGCAAGCUUACAGAGAACCGUCAAAUGAAACAGAACAACACACACCUGUUGUAGAUUCAACAACUGACUUGCACAAUACUUCAUUCGAGCAAGCUUGCAAGGCACCUUCAUAUGAAACAGAACAACACACACCUGUUGAAGAUUCAACAACUGACUUGCGCAGUACUUCAUUAGAGCAAGCUUUCAGGAAACCUUCAAAUGAAACAGAACAACACACACCUGUUGAAGAUUCAACAACUGACUUGCACAGAACUUCAUUAGAGCAAGCUUACAGGGAACCUUCAAAUGAAACAGAACAACACACAUCUGUUGAAGAUUCAACAACUGACUUGCACAGUACUUCAUUAGAGCAAGCUUUCAGUCAACCUGAACGUGGCGGUCUUCUGCAAAACACUGAUAGUAAUGAACUUGUCCCAAAUAAGGAAAAUUAUAAAUAUGUACAAAAUAUGGAAAGUAAUGGAUAUUUUUUUGUAGAAGGGUCCAGUUCUGAAGGGAUGUUUAAUGUCACAUCCCCAUCCAGAAAUAAUGUUGAGGGUUAUACAUCAACAGAGGAAUAUAUUGAGCAGUUGAAACCAAGUUUAGAAAGUGCAGCAAGCAGCAAUGAUAUUCAAAGCUCGCCCGAAAAUAUUGUCAUGAAAAAUGAAGACCAUUUGGACCUAGCAGAAAAUACAAGUUUUUCCGACCAGGCAAACGAUGUUAGUGAAAUUCAGUUAGUCAACUAUAAGAAAAUGAGUAGUGUAACGGAGAGUAUCCAGAGAGCUGAACAGGCAGAACCUGGCCAAGCGAGUACCACAGAUCAACUAGAAGAAUAUGUCAAAUAUAAUAACAUAGCACAGCAGCCUGAUGCUAUUUCAGCGGAUAACAUAACAAAGACACAAUCUUUUGAAGAAAGUGUAGAGGAAACUGUAUCGUCUACACAUGAUUGGAACACUGAAGAGUACUUGAGUAACAUCAAAGAAGUUGGCUAUUCGACUUACGCUUCAGAAGAUUUAGGAACAAAUGAAACAGCCUUUGCAAUGCAACAAGUGGUAUCUUAUGCAGAUCAGGAUAUUGUUGGAAAUCAUGUACAAUUUACAAGUAAGACUGAUGCAAUACUUGGGUCAGAGCCAAUGGAAACGGAAUAG